AAGUGCACAGCAACCAGCAACCAACCCCAAAAGAAAGAAAAAACAUUGCCCAAAACCAGCUAACCCCACAAAAACCAUCAAAAGAUGGAUAGAAUAUUCCCAACACAAUAAUAAUAAAAGCAUUAGCCAUCUGUGAGCCUUAUCCAUUGCUCUAGCUCACACCCAUUUCACAUUUUCUCAGGUCUUAUCCACUAUAAAAACCCUCCCUCAAGAACCCUUUGCCCACCAAGGUUCCAAGAAAAAAAGAGGAGAAAAGAAGAGAUUUUUGAACUCAGGAGCUGCCUGUCACAGAGAGAGAGAGAGAGAGAGAGAGAGAGAGAGAGAGAGAAUGGCCGACAUAGCGAUCCUGGUGGCGGAGGAGUACGAGAGGAGGAUCAAGAAUUACCCGAGGAUGAACCUGAAGGUUGAGGAAGGCGGUGCGGGUGAUCGGUUCGAAGGUCUGAGCCUGAGAAUGGUCGGUUCUUCCGUGUCCUCGUUUUCAGAGAGAGUGAUGAAGAAGAUGAUGGGAGAGGCAAAGAAGCUGGAGGUGGUGAAGUGGGUGUUGGAGCCCAAGAGCCCCCUGAGUCUCGCAGCCUCCAAUGGACUCUUCUCUGCUUGACCUCUCCUCCUCCUCCUCCUCUCCUCCCCUUGUUCAAUUUGUAUGUUGUAUGUAGAUCAACUAAAGAUUGUAAUUAACUAUAAUUAGAGAGGAACUGUUCAUAUUUGAGCUCCUUUUCCCAGUAACCAAUAGAUGAUCUUCUUCAUCUUUCGGUGUUCUUCUCUUUUGCCCUAUCUGUAAUUUCGAAGCAUAUAAAGAUUUUCGUACUUUUUCAGU